AUGUUUACCGCUUUAGAAAAAACAGGAUUAAUAUGUUUAUCUAUCCUUGGAUACAAGUUAGCAAAAACUGUUGUGCCAUGGAUUUAUUGCAACUUUUUAGGACCAAUGCUGAAACCAAAAAUUAAUUUUAAAUCUAUGGGAAAAUGGGCCGUUGUCACCGGUGCUACCGAUGGUGUUGGCAAAGCAUACGCUAUGGCAUUAGCCAAAGAAGGAAUGGAUAUAGUACUUAUAAGCAGAACUAUGUCGAAGUUGGAGAGCGUUGCCAAAGAAAUAGAGACUGCAACAAAUGUUCAAACUAAAGUGAUACAAGCAGAUUUUACUGGAGGAUCAGAAAUAUUCGAUUCCAUUGAAAAGCAGUUACUCGGUUUAGAAAUCGGUGUUUUGAUAAACAAUGUUGGAAUGAGCUACCCAUAUCCUGAAUAUUUUCUGAAUAUUAAAGACGGAGGAAAAUUGUUUACGGAUAUUGUACACUGUAAUGUGCAUUCUGUGACUGGAAUGUGUCGGGUAGUAAUGCCCGCAAUGGUCGAGAGAAAGAAGGGAGUUGUUAUUAAUAUUUCGUCAACUGCUGCCUUAAUUCCCAGUCCGAUGUUGGCCGUUUAUGCUGCUUCUAAGGUGUAA